GUUGGCACUGGCACCCUACAGGAAACGAUCGGUGUGGGCUUUCGCGAAGAGGGCGCCCUGGAGUUGCGCAGCUCAACGGAGGAAUUGUACUUUAUGGACCCCGAACAGAAGAAGGAGGAGCAAGAGAAACUGCAACAACAGCAGGCGAAGCGCUCCUCGCCACACAUAUUUAAAUUUGACGAUCAUCAGAGCUACUUGCAGCAGCAUCAGCGCAAGGAUUCCGCAAGCUCCGAGGUCGCUGCAUUGCUUUGCAUUUCCGGACGCACAAGUCGCAUUUCAAGCGUCGGCAGUCAGGGUUCGGCCGUGAGUCGCCUGUCGGCCGUAUCUGGCGUUUCGCGUUCACCCUCUCCACAUCGAAUGCUUUUGGAGACAUCAUUUUGUGGUCCCAAGCCACUGGAAAAUGUAGUGGACGGUCGCGUUUCAACUACUAUUGAGCCAGCAACGGCUGAAUUACUCGAACAGGUGUUAUUGGCGCGUAAGCACGACCCCACUCAGGCAGUGUUGGCAGAAGGCAUCACCGUGGAGAGUUCACCAAAGAAGAAGCCCACAACGCUGUCAAACGGUGAGGCCAAGCCCCCAUUGAAAAGUACUAAGAGGUCUGAGCGACCCAGCGCUGUUGGUAUUGUUGGCGCUGGUGCUGGUGGUGUUGGGAAGCCAACUAUGGGUGCUCAACGUCGAAGCACCAAAAGUCCUGGGCAGAUGGUAAUCGGAAAGACGCCCGGUGGCACAGAGUAUAUACGCAUAAACCUGAAACCCGACCACAUGUACGACGACAGGGGUAUUGCACCGCAUGAGAAAGUUGUCGAGGCGCCAAACAGUAUCGCUCCGCUUUACUCACGCAGCCAGAAGAAACCAGCUUCGCUCAGCUUAGGCCGCACUGCCGUGGAUGAGAACCGUCUGACACCUACAGCUAGCCCCAAGCCCACGCGUCAUGGCAUUCUGGCGAAGGACACGCACGGUAGCCGCUCUCCUUCUCCUGCCAAUGUGCCCGUUUCACGAAAAAGUUCAUUUAGUUCAAUAUUUCGCCUUGGCGGCAAGGAUUCGCCUGACUCGCCCCGCGAACGUUCACGUUCACGUAGCAAAAGUAAAGAACGCCAAACUCCGCAGUCACAAAAUGUUACGCCAAGCAAACAGAAAUCCGUUUUAGCGAUUUUUAAGCCCGGCAAACGUGGUAGCAACGCAGGCGCUGAUGCAAAAUCUUCGAAGAGUUCCUCGCCCAUUGAUGGACAUGAGCUACAGCAACAGGCGCAGCAAACACGCAGCAAGUCGCAUACGCCAUCAUCAACGAGUGGUGGUUCUCGACCCGCUAGUAGGCUCCGUUACUACGAUGAGCCCGUAGAAGGCGUAAUACACAUACCGCUUCAUACUCCGCCUGAGGAAAAAGAGGCGCGGAAAUUAUUGCACGGCAUACAACAAUUAAAUGCGGAGCCGACGCGCCCAGUUCCAACAGCUAUAACGGCUAGCCAGCUGGCCGCGGCCGCUGCAGCUUUGAAGCCUGUGGGGGCCCGGAAGAGUUCGGGAAGUGGAUCAUCGGGCAGUGGUCAAUCGCAGCCGAGGUCUCAGCAAGUGGAUAAGUUGCAGCGCAUCGAGAAUCUCGACGCCAUACAUACGCUGUCGCAAGAUGAUGACAAUAAAGAGCGCACAUGGAGUCUGGAGGUGAACAAACAUAGUUCCCAGGAUUCGCAAGAAACUGCCGGUUCAGAGAUAAGCUAUGCUAGCGCUAUCAAGGUCAAUCUUCGUUCGAAUCUGGCAAAUGUUAAGGAAAAUGUGGUGCAGGAAAAUGGUGUGGCAGCGGAGGCGGAAAUUCAUCGAUUGCCUUCAGUGGAUAGCGGUGGGGAGGUGAAGGUCGUUGAGACGGUGGCGAUGGUCAACGUGAAUAUCACACAAAUUCAGCCCGAAACUGAACAUACAAAAGAAAAACGUCGAUUGCUCUUUACGACACGCCUCGGCUCUGGCAGUCAGGACCCAAUUUUUUCCACACAAUUUAGUAUUUCAAAGACUGAAAGUCAGUCGAGCCAGUUGUCUGAGCAAAUACAGGAAACAAUAGCCGAGAGUCCUGUGUCGGAGACCCUGCGCAGACAGGGCACUGUAAUACGCCGUUCAGAAGAGGAAGUGGAAGCCAGUGCUCCUGCACAAGUAGCAGAACCCAAAGAGCCAAUGAAAAUGCCACCGAAACGGCGAAGCUCUACCGAAACCUCAACUCGUCGCCAGAAAUCGAUUUCUACUUCUGAGGACGAGAAACACAUUGUACAAACAACAGUUACUGCAGUUGUUAUGCGACGCAAGGAAUCACAUGAGGAGCCGAGGCGAAAAUCGCGCUCCACGUCAGAAGACGACGCGGAUGCUGGUGGCGGUGUUUUGAAUCAACGCCAUUCCCGGUAUCUGGAAAAUUUUGAUGUGCGGAAAAAAUACCACGAAAAUGUACCCCGUAAGCCAAAACGGCAAAGCUUUUCCGAAAGCAAACGUGCUGAGGGCGUAGAAGAACCGAUUUUAAUUGCUGCAGAGCAACAUGAAGAUCAAAAACCACCAAAACAGCAACAACGUAAGCCAACACUGCCUCAGCCGCCACCUCCAUCUACAGCGCCCUCACCUUCGCCACCUCCAAUUGCUGCUUCCGCUUCUGGGAGCCGUUCGCCAACGCCAACGACACAUCCACCACGCUCGCAAUCCCAAUCACCUGUAGAUCGUUCCGGAAAACACACACCCGUCAAACCUCCACGAACCUCAACACCCCCUCGUCGUUCACAUACCGCAACCGAAAGACAAUCAAUGCCCUCGACCGACGAACCAAUUGAGUCAUCCGAAAGUGAAAGAGACUCAGACUUAGCAGGCGGCAGCUCUGCGUUAGCCGACCCCAAGCGGCGGCACUUGCCGCGUCAUGUCGGCGCUAUCGAAGAUCACGAGAGUACAGGACUCGUUUCGCAAGAGUCCUUCGACGAGCUUCCCUAUGUGCCCACUACACUACCCGAGGAGCGAGCGCAAGGCGUCCCACUCAUUCCUAUGAAAGAUCGGGCCAACAUGGAAUUGAAAACAUGCCCUGUGGAGCGUCCACGCUCAACUACGCCACUAAAUCCUUCCCACUUAGAGGAAUAUUGCGGCAUAGUUACACCUCAGGAGCCAGCUUAUGAGCUUAGUGGCUCUGUGCCAGUACGCGGCGAGAAAUUGCGCAUCAGUUUGCCACGUAAAGACUCAACUAAGGAGCGGGUCCAGAGCGCAAAGUCCCCACGACGAGCAUCCAACACUAGCGGCAAGUCUUGGUUUGAGUUUGCCGAGGAGGGUCUGCGCGCCAAUGCAGCCAACUUGGAACGCAAAGAUUCUAACAAACAAUUGAUACAGCAGAAAAAACCGGAAAAGGAAACCAAAACAAAGUCACCUGCCGGCACAGCGACCACAACCACCGUGCAGACCACGCAAACGCAAAUUACACCAACCUCCGGCACCACAACGACGCAACGAAAGCUCUCUGGACAUUGGAUAGAUUUCGAAAAUAUACCGGAAAAACGCAAGCCACCAAAGCGAAUUACGGCUUUGCCCAAAGACGGCGUCAUUUCCACGACUACUAGCAGCAGCCGAACUCACGCCGCCCAAACGAGUGGGCAACAUGCGGUGCACACCCACGCACACGGACAAGGGCCCGGGCAUGGACACCAGCCACCACAGCCAGAUGUGACUAUGGACGGCAAAAUCCACUACAACUAUGUAAAGCCGGAAGACUGUCAGUGCGAGUGUCAUGAGGCAAAGAGGGAAGGAGCCGUGGGCGCUGGCGCUGAUGAGACGGAGGAAGCAGGCACGGUCGGUGCAGACGAUGAGGCUGACGGCGUAGCAAGCAGCAAAUCCAUAACCAGCGUGGAUCUUCUACAGCAAGGUGAGGAUAUGUUGCCAUUGCUGGACCCUGACACACAAGAUGGAAUUGAGCCAAGUGACUCGUCGCGUGAGUACAGCUGCUACACGGACGAUGAGAUGGAUGUGCCGAUGCGGCAGACAAGCUCCAGUCGCUCGAAAAGCAGUUCCUCAAAGCUGGACGAGUUUCCGCGUCGUGAUGUAUCGCACAGUCCACGAAAUCGGAAGUUUCCGGACAAUCGCAAGUGAGGCCGUUGGCAGUUCGAUAAUAAGUUUAUGGAUUUGCCUUCAAAUACGUUGCUGAAAUUUUCGUUUUAAAAUUUGUAAGCUAACUGGGAGCGCUGCGCCAAAAUGCAAUGGCAACACGUAAAUGGCUUUUGGUUUCGUUAAAGCGUAAUAUUGACUUCUAGUUAUGCCUUAAAGCUGCCUUUACAUGAGGCGA